CGGUAAAUUUGGAUCGUUGUAUCGAACUGUCAGAUUGAAUGGUGUUCGUGACACACACUUUACUAAAUAAACGGUUAAUGCGCAUAUCGUGAUAUGGUUUAAACGCUCGUAAUCUUUCUCGAUAAAUCCGGUUCGUGAGUGUGAAACCGUAAACUUUUCGGAGUGACAUUUAUGAGAGUUUUCACUGACAACGCUUGUAAACGUGGUUCGAGAGCCGGUUGUCAAGCGAGCUUGAACGUCACGUUGCGAAAGUGAUUUUGUAACCGGUCAACGUUUCAACAGUUUCAACUGUUUGCGAAGUGAUUGACGCCGUUCCUGUUUUGAAAAUCUUGAAACGACAUCGUGUACGUGUCCUGUUAAUUGAUUGCUGUUCAUAAAAUGGCUCCGACCGUUUGCCUGUCGGAGCUCCCAGCAAUAAGAAAAACCACGACGCCCUGCUCGCGCCGAAGACAGAGGGUUCACAAUGGAGCUGUGAUGAAACAACAGAAACUAGAAUUAAGAAAAUUGGAUUCGAACGCGUUCCCCCGCGACGAAGCAUCUCUAACACCGCCGGAAAGCCCUCUUUGGGAACCGGAAUGUCCAGGUGAUUCCUGCGCACCCAGCAUCGUCAGUUCUUCCUCCCCAAACGUUUCCGCUCGAGUCCCGAGGGACAUAGAGGAACAUUGGAAGAUGUUCCUAGCACGACGAAAAGGUCUUCUGGACAUCGUGGUACGUACAAUGGCCCUGGUACGACGAAAUAAUAUCCUUCAGAAAAGAGUGAAUGCACUGCGAGCUGAGACUCGAGAUUUCAUUCAUUCGGUAUUGAACAAUCCUGAGAACAAGUGUAUUCAACAAAGAUUAGACUGCAAAGAAACGGAUGUGUCUUCUUCGACGGAGAACAUCGUCUGCAGAUCACCGUCACUUCCGCCCACGCCGGAUUCAACAAAUUCUUCAUUGAACGGCGACGUGUCAUCGAGCAGCGAUCAUGAUACAGAAGAAUCUUGCGACGACGAAUCGUAAAUGUUACGAGUAAAAGAAAGAAAUGUAUUUUGGAAACGAAACGAAAGGAACAGAAGGAUAUGGUCGCUUCUUGAUUAACUGAACGAAGCUUGAGAAAGAGAACGAGAGACAGGAAAUGAUUAAGACUGGAACGUUUUAACGGAUUUUUAUUUAUGAAAAGAUAUUCAGUCUUUUUUGCUCUAUAGAGGCUAAUAACAUUUUAAUUUAUUCGAUUUCAAUUCUCUUAUACAUGUAUACGAUUUCAUUUAAGAAAGUAAUGCAAUGUACUUUGAAUAGUGAGAAACAUUUAGCACGCUUUCAGUGUCGCCGUUAAUGUGUGGUAAACAGGACAGUUAUGACAAGUCUUAGAACUUUAAAUUUAGAGAUUUUUAUAAAUUGAAAUUUUUAGCUUCAGAAAUUAAAAAAUUUAUAAUUUAUCAUAUUUAAAA